ACAUUAUAAGGUUUGCUGAGCAUAUCACUCAUGAUUAUUUUUAUCCAUUAUAUUGAAUAUUGCCCAUUAUCGUUAUCUUGUCGUUCAAAAGAGGAGGUCAUGAAAUAUUCACAAAAGGCUCACGCAAGGCAGGGAGGGUAGGAGAUCGUACCCAUAAAGGUGUGGUGUGCCGUGUUCAGAAAUUGUCCGCGUAAUCUGCCUUUGGCCACCAGAGGUCAGUACAUGCAACAACUUCGCUCCGGAUACCAUUGCCUUUUGCGUCCUUUGAGAGGCUCAGUGGAGAAGAGACAACUAUGACUUCAUCAAGCUCCGGGGUUUAGGCAAUGCCAAUGGUGUUCCUCUUGUUCGCUUCUGUCUUUCCAUUGGACCAUGGACGUUGGUGAUAGUGCUGUGUUGGUGAAGUGAAAGUGGAUGUAGAAGGGGACGUUCUCUGUGAAAUAUCCUGGGCUCGCUGGAAAAUGGAACUCUGUCGUUGCUGAACAAAGGGAAAUCGAGCAGCACCAUCGCAUGUGUGAGUCUAAGGGACCAGGAUGGCUGGAUAAACCGAAAAAAUCAAAUCGGCACGGCAAGAGCAUCCACCAUAUGGUUUGCACAUCUGCAGUGGAGCUGAUGAACAAUACACAUAAUAAAGGAAGAUCACCGACCAAAUAUAGCGAGCGGUUGACAGGUUUACAUAUUUAGUUUUGCAGAUUGUGAACGAGCCUGCUAUUUGGUUGGCUUGGAGUGUUUGAAUGGAAACGGAGUGGAGCUGACCUCGCUUCUUCGUCGAGUGGUGUGCUUGCUGUUAAAAUAUUUCAAGCAACCUAACUUGGUAGCUAGCUAAGUAUUAUGUAGCUAGCUGUCUUUGGUAAGCUACAUCCUGUCAGUGUUGUGAGAUGGUCUGCUAGAAACCUAUUAGGGGUUAUCUAUAUUUUGUGGCAAUUCAGACAAGGGAAAGGGUGUUUGCAGGUUGGGAAUAGUCAGGUUGGUGUUGAAAUUUCAUUAACAACAAAAUGUUGCUGUUGGGGCAUCAAUGCCAUACGGUAUAAAGGUUCACCGUCCAGACUUUGGACACUGUGGAGGCACCGCGCGAACGGCGUAGGAAAGGAGUACGGGAACCGCCGUCUGAUUGUUGUGAUUACCUUCUGUAUUAUGUUAGCUAGCUAGCUGGCUACCCAGACAUGCAUCUUGGGCCGGCUAGCUAGCUAGCUUGGCAUAACACUUAUUUGCCACCUUGCCAUUACAUUAGAGACCCUAUAUUUAGUUAGCAAUAUUAGCCAGUUGAGUGAUACGGUUGGAAUACUUGGAUUAGAGAUCUUCCUGGAUUUGAAUUGGAUUAUUCUGUUGGGUUUGUCUAUUGGAAUUUGAAAAUUACAGCUGCCACUGACUAUGGCAGCAGUAGUCAACUACUCGUCUCCCUGGUGGGUGAACCUGCUUCACCGACUCCCCCACUUCAAUCUGCAGUUCGAGAAAACAAGCAGCGAUUUUCGCCCUGAAGAUCUGGAAUACCUACAGUCGGUGCUGCUGCUGGGAGGCGUGGCCCUGGCCUGCCUGGCCCUGGACCUCCUCUUCCUGCUCAUCUACUCCUUCUGGCUGUGCUGCCGCCGCAAGAAGACCGAGGACCAGCCCAACGCCGACUGCUGCUGCACGGCCUGGUGCGUCAUCAUCGCCACGCUGGUCUGCAGCGCUGGCAUUGCGGUGGGCUUCUAUGGGAACGGGGAGAUGUGCGACGGGGUGAACCGGCUCACGUACUCUCUUCGCCAUGCCAACCGCACGGUGUCGGGAGUGCAGAAACUGGUGACGGACAGCAGCUCCUCGCUGAACCUGACGGUGGAGGAGAGCCUGCGGAAGCUGGAGGAUCAGUACUCCAAGCACACGGACUACGUGUCCAUCGUGCAGAAGCUCCAGGGCCAGCUGGAGGAGCUGGUGCGCCAGAUGGGGGAGAUCCCCUUCUGGGACAACCGCCGCAUCUCCCUGGAGGACCUGGCCGCCAAGAUCGAGCUCUACGACUGGUACAGGUGGCUGGGCUACUUGGGCCUGCUGCUGUUCGACGUGCUCAUCUGCCUGCUGGUGCUCUUCGGCCUCAUCCGCAACUCCAAAGGGACCCUGGUUGGCGUCUGUUUGCUGGGCGUGUUUGCUCUCAUCGUCAGCUGGGGAACCCUGGGCCUAGAGCUGGCUGUUUCUGCGAGCUCCAGUGACUUCUGCAUUGCCCCGGCCAUGUACAUCAUCCAAGUGACCAAGGAGUACGCCGUGGUGAAGGAAGACAUCCUGCAGUACUACCUGGGAUGCAGCAUGACCUCGACCAACCCCUUUCAGCAGAAGCUGUCAGGAAGUCAUAAGGCCCUGGUGGAGAUGCAGGACGACGUGGCGGAACUUCUGCGCUCAGCGGUCGGAGAGUAUUCAAAGACCAAGGGAAACCUGGAGCAGAUCCAGAGGGUGCUGAACACCACGGAGAUCAGCCUGCACCAGCUCACCGCCCUGGUGGACUGCCGCAGCCUGCACAUGGACUACGUGCAGGCGGUGACGGGGCUCUGCUACGACGGGCUGGAGGGGCUCAUCUACCUGGUCCUCUUCUCCUUCGUCACCGCCCUGAUGUUCAGCUCCAUCGUCUGCAGCGUGCCGCACACCUGGCACAGCAAGAGGAACGAGGACGACGCCGAGGAGGAGUCUCUGGCCCAUAGCAACCGGCAGCCCCAUGACAACCUGUACCGCGUGCACAUGCCCAGUCUGUACAGCUGCGGGAGCAGCUACGGCAGCGAGACCAGCAUCCCCGCUGCGGCGCACACCGUCAGCAACGCACCCGUCACCGAGUACAUGACCCAGAACGCCAACUUCCAGAACCCCCGGUGCGAGAACACGCCGCUGAUUGGCCGGGAGUCGCCCCCGCCCUCUUACACCUCCAGCAUGAGGGCGAAGUACCUGGCAACCAACCGGCCCGACCCCAACAGCUCAGCCGCUCAUUAAGGGAGGGACGGCCCCCCCCGCUCGCACCCCUCCGCAGAGGCCCGACCCGGAAGUCUCCGGCUUCCGGAACUUUCCCCCCACCACCACCACCUACCACCCGCCACCUACCAACACCACCACGCACCGCCGCCCUCCCACUCGCCCCUGAAACGGAACAGUCCCACUCAACGCUUCUGCCCUCGCCAACGCCACCAGUGACUAACCAGCGAGGCGUCCGCGUAAUGGAUGCAGGCCCAAAAUAAGAAUGUUCCGGCACCUUGUAAAUAGCGCUCUAUAAAUGAAGACUGAGGAAACCAGCUUCCCCCCCUACGCUCUCGCACUCGCACACGCACUCGCACACGCACUCGCACACGCACGCACAUACAAAGUGAAAGGGGGGGUAACAGGGGCAGCGUCACCCCCAACCCCCACCCCCCCCCCAAACUCGCUUGCUGGUUUCCAUGACACCUUUCUUACCGAAGACUGACCUGCACUGAUCGCUAGAAUCUUACGUUUUUCUUCCUGAUCAUUCCACAAACCGACUUUUUUUGAAAGGCGCGAUUUCAUUUUUUUUUUUUUUUGCUUUAUUUUUGUACGCGUGUUCGAAAACCAGAAAAUGGAACUUUGCGUUUACUACUGAGAGGCCCUGCAGCGGCUUUCCUGGGUUUCGCCCUAUCAGGAAGGAAAGAAAGCCGCCGGGCGUCCCGAGCGUUUUCUCCUUGACCGCGGCGUCCCCGUUCGAAGUGCGCGGAACUCGCCGUUGCCGCGCGGACGAAAUUCUGUUUCCGUCGGCGACGGCCGCUUGGAACGCUUCGCCGUUUUCCACCGACAACCCAUUUAUAUAUAUAUGCAAUUCGCCUCGAACCGUCGGCUUCCGGGGAUGACUCUCCGGAUGCGGUGACCGGAGACGCGCUGCGGUUUUCCGCCCGCUGGUGCGAUUCUCCGCGCUGACGGGACUUUGAUGUUGCUCUGACGAGCCGUCGAGGCGCGCGGGGGCGGGGCGGAAUCCGCCUCGCCGUAAUCCUGAGCGCUCCGAGGUCGUCCGUAAUUCGCGCUUUUUUUUCUCGGUGUUCGUUUUCGCUCGGCGGCGACAGAUCCGUCUGAUCCGUGAGAAAAAGCGGCCGGAGUCAGACGGGACUGCGAGCCGCGGGAUUUACAAUUACGUCUACAUCGCUGGAAAAAAUAAAUUUAAAAAAAAAAAAAAAAGAGCAGCUGUUGAAUCGGGGACAUUUCACGGAGCGGUGAAAAGAAAGAAGCGGCAGAUGAGAUUUGGAUAUGGCUUCUUUUUUUUUUUUCUUCUUUUAAAAAAAAAUAAAAAUAAAACCAUACGCAAAACCAACCGCCCCUGCUUCCUGAAGGGGUGGAAGGGCAUCGCGUGUGUGUACAGCGCUGUUCAUCUGGGCUGAAGGGAGGGGGGGUCUCAGGAAAGCUCAUCUUUCCAUUACUCACAUUGUGAACGGUGUACUUUUACUGUCUGCGUGGCUCGAAUGCGCUGGGGAAGGGUUGCAUACGGACCGGUGUAGUGAAAGCAACAAAAGCAAGGUCUGAAGAUCCCAUAAAUACCACACAAAGUACAGAUUUUGGGUAACCUCUCACGUGGAAUAUGUAAUGAAGUAAUCCUUUUCUAAAAGGUUACAGCCUUGUGUCAAGCAGGCAUAAGCACGCUCCUUAUAUGGACGGAAGCGCAACAUGAUAACUCAAGAAGUCUUUCUUUUGAGUUAAACAGGAUUUCAGCUGAACUUCAGCACAGCAGCCUCGUCAGUGUGCUUGUGGCCCACGUGUAGUUCCUCCGGCAUAAGAAUUCACUGAGCAUGAUGACGUCCAAAUGACUGUACCAUGUCUUGUGUUGACCUCAGCAGGGUAACUGACCAAUAUACUGGAACCAGUGUUUUGUUUUCUUUUUUUCUCCUUUCCCCUUCCUUGGAUGCAGGUGGCUGACGUCUUACUUUUGAAGGGAAUUUGCACUUGGAAUUUUACUUUUGGUUUUGGUUUGAAUGGCGGGUGCUUGUGCACACUCCUGUCGUGAGCUGGACCCAGAACCUUGAGUUUUGAGGAUUCGGUCGGGAUGCUGGUCAGCGCUCUGAGGCUAGACUCGGGCAACAGCGGCCAGCGGUGAAGGUGAAUGGGACAGAGUAAUUCUCGACUUUUUGCCCGAUUUCCUUCUGACUGAAAAAAAGGAAGCAACCUUGUUUGUUUCUUGUUUUAAAAAUGAAUUUAGAAUAAAUUGACCGAAUUGGUGCUUUUACAGUGUGGCGACGUGACUGACUAACUACAGUGGUUUGUUUUUAUUUUUUUGUUUCUUCCUGUUUUAAACUGGAAGUUUUUGGACUCGCACAAACAAGAGAAAGAGGACCACUGGUUUUUAUUCAUUCCACUGCUGUCAAAGACUUUCUUCUCUUUCCUGGAAAGCACAAACGUUUUAUUCAAACAGCUCUGGAUGGCUCCUCAGCCGAACCCGAGUUCUGGAAGAGAAAAAAAAACGAGAGAGAGAAUGGCGCGAUGGCCGGUGGAGAGAUCCGCGCUCCUCGCGCGGACUCUUCCUCCACGCUAAAAAGACUUGUCGGACUGUAAGAUAAUAUUGCUGUGCAUUUCUCUAUUUCCCAGAUUUCUAGUGUUAGUAUCGGUAUUCCUGUGCGUAAUGUGGACAGUGUGUUUGCUUGCCCGUCGCCCGUUUCCGCACGACCAUCGCGAGGACUUCACCCCACCACCCCUCCCUAACCACCGCCCCACACCCCGUUAUGCAGCCGUUUCCCAUAACGUCUCUGUGAUACAACGACAGCGGUGGGUAGGCUAGUAGUGCCGACAAAAUCACGGUGGUUCCAGAAAAAAAAAAAUUCUGGAACGAUUAGUGAGCCUCACCUAGCAACAGGGCCGCGCAUCAGCCGUUUAUUAAUUUUGACAUUUCACAAUGAAUAAACUGCGUAGUGCCGGCCUCGCUUUUAAAGAGCAAACAAAACAACCUGACGGACCCUUGAAACGGAAUGGUGCUCUUUGAAUUAUUUUCUCUAACUUGAUAUAGAUGGUGCCUCUGUGAAUAGCAGGUUACCCUCUGAAACUAGGCAACCGUUGAAAUGUGAAAUAAAAUCAAAUAACGAUGAAACCAGGGUGACGAGGUCUGUGCGCUAGCGCGUUUCAAUACCUCCUAAUUAAGGGGCAUUUAAUUAGUCAACAAUACGAGAGAGAUUUGUAAAAAUAAAAAAAAAAUGUGCCAAUCGUCAUAAACUGUUCCUUUCCAUUUUCUCCCACGCCCAUGAAUUAAACGGUAAAUGUUGUUGAUGAUCUUUCCUCUCUGGCCUUUUCUAUACGUACAUUUCCGGGAGACGUACAUAACCAAAAGAGACGCCUGUGGAAAUGUAGCCAGUCUUUUCUAAAAAAAUAAAUGAAUUGCAUUUUUAAUUUCCGCGUGAAAGCCCAUCGUCACGGUGAGACAAUCUUAUUGUUUUGUAGUAUACUUUCUCUUUAUUCAGCAUUUCUGGAACUAUGUAUCUACAGUGUAAUGCACGAAAAAAGAAGAAAUCUGGUGAAAAGCAAACUGCCUUUGUAAACACGUUUAAACAGGUGAAUCUCUUACAAGUUUUUGUUUUCUUUUUAAAACUUGUCUAGUCCCCAUAGUAUAUUUUAUGAUUAUUAGCAACACAGUUUUUGUUUCUUAAUUGUUGAUACACAUACACUUGGUCUUGCAUUGCUCUGUUUUGAUAAACUAUAUGACUGUAGUUUUUUUAAAUUUUAUUUUGAAAUUACUAAAAUAUUGUAAAUGUUAAACCUGUGGUUUUAUUGAGCUUGAAUUCGGUGUUUUAAAAUUCAAAUUAAAGUUACUUAACAGAA